UUUGUGGCAGUUUGUUGUCAUCUCCAUCCAGUAGGGAACCGUUAUAGUAUUGGCAUGUAGCCCCUUAUUCUCCAUUUUUGAUCUACUCGUCUAUUUACUUUUUCGUUUGUGGAGUAAUGCCAACUAAUGCAACUCUAGCGAGCUCACCAUGUAAAAUUAACCUUUAAAGAAAAUGGUACGACUGGGUGCGACCGCUGAAGUUAACUGUCAAAAUAUAACCACGGCAAGUUGUUGGCGGAUAGGAGGUGAGACUGGAGAGUUGAUUUCAGCACUUUUGAAGGAAGAUGUGUGUGUUCGGGUUGCAAUAUUAUCUAUCUCCUGGACCAAAUAGAGGACGUGCAGCCUCAGGAUAGAUUUAAAGUUGAAAGUGAAGCCUCGGGAGAAAGAAGAGUCUCCGCCCGGAGGAGGAUGGAGAGAUAAUGAGGAGACAUGACGUAUUGCUCCUCAUUGGCAUCUUAGUUCUUUUUUAAAGCCACGAGUUAGAUGUGUUCAAAGUAGGGAGGGGAACUGUGGCAGAGUGGGUGGGAACAAUGGGAGUAUUUGCGGAAACCAUGAAGGCAAUUUUAGCAUAAAGUCUCUGCCGAGCGCUGCCGGUUGCUCUCCCCAGUCUUCCCAGUCAGGUAUAUCCUUACCCUGUGAGGGUUACAGGCUUUCGUUAUCCAGUAUAGGUGGACCUUUUUUUGUUAAAGCGGACAUGACUUGAACAGCUUUGUUCUGCUUCAUCUCCAAAGUUUAUUGCUGGACUCUGUUCCACUUUGCUGCUGUAAGGUGGAGCAGCCCCGCUCUGCGCGGGAAGCAGUGACAGACAGACGGAUAGACUGCCCUGUGAAGUCUUCUCCUUUUCAUGGAUGCCAGGGUGGCCCUGCUGCACUUGUGGACAGCCCUUGUCCUCCAGACAGCGAAACUGAAGUGGAUUGAUGCUGCAGAGAUCUACACCAACACCUGGGCUGUGCAGAUCAAUGGAGGGCCAGAGGAGGCGGACCGCAUCGCCAGGGGACACGGAUUCAUCAACCACGGCAACGUUUUUGGAGAUUAUUAUCACUUCAGGCAUCAUGCCGUGGAGAAGAGAGCUGUGUCUGGCCACUCGGGGAUGCACAUCAGACUGCAGAAAGAACCACAGGUCCUUUGGGCGGAACAGCAAGUGGUGAAAAAAAGGAAGAAGAGGGAUAUCUAUGAAGACCCGACAGACCCCGACUUUCCCAAGCAGUGGUACCUGACCACCCCUUCACAUCAAGACCUGAAUACCAAAAUAGCCUGGGCCCAAGGCUACACAGGAAAAGGUGUAGUGGUGACGAUCCUGGACGAUGGAAUUGAAAAAGACCACCCAGACCUCAUCAGCAAUUAUGACCCUGAGGCCAGCUACGAUGUUAAUGAUGGAGAUGCUGACCCCCAACCAAGAUACACGCAGCGAAAUGAGAACAGACAUGGAACUCGAUGUGCGGGAGAAGUCGCAGCAGCAGCCAACAACGGUGUGUGCGGUGUAGGUGUGGCCUAUAAUGCUAAAAUUGGAGGAGUUCGCAUGUUGGAUGGGGAGGUGACAGACGUGGUGGAGGCCCACUCUCUGAGCCUCAACCCGCAGCACAUCCACAUUUAUAGCGCCAGCUGGGGCCCAGAGGACGAUGGCAAGUCCCUGGAUGGCCCCGCCAAGCUGGCUAAAGAGGCUUUCCUACAGGGAAUCACCAAGGGACGUGGCGGGCAAGGCUCAAUCUUUGUGUGGGCCUCGGGAAAUGGAGGCCGGGAACAGGACAGCUGUAACUGUGAUGGCUACACCAAUAGCAUUUACACCCUCUCCAUCAGCAGCACCACGCAGUCCGGCAACGUGCCGUGGUACAGCGAGCCCUGCUCUUCUACACUCGCUACUACGUACAGCUCUGGAAACCCGGGGGAGAAACAGAUAGUGACCACAGACCUGAGGCAGAAAUGCACAGACUCUCACACAGGGACGUCAGCCUCUGCCCCGCUGGCUGCUGGGAUCAUCGCUCUGGCUCUGGAGGCCAAUACGAACCUGACCUGGAGGGACAUGCAGCACCUGGUGGUGAGGACGUCCCGGCCCGGACACCUCAGCGCCGGAGACUGGAAGACCAACGGAGUGGGGCGCAGAGUGAGUCAUUCGUACGGAUACGGUCUUCUGGACGCAGGCGCCAUGGUGGCCUUGGCACAGAACUGGACCACAGUGGGACCGCAGCAUCAGUGUGUUCUCAACAUGCUCACAGAACCAAGGGACAUCGGGAACAAGCUGGUGUUCAGCAAGAGCUUGGAUGCCUGCUGGGGACGACCGGAGUAUGUUAACUCUGUGGAACACGUUCAGGCUCGCCUCACCCUCUCCCACAACCAGAGAGGAAAAUUGGCCAUUCAUCUCAUCAGCCCACUGGGCACACGAUCCACCUUGCUGUUCCCCAGGCCCAAUGACUUCUCCUCAGAGGGAUUCAACGACUGGGCCUUCAUGACCACCCACUCAUGGGGUGAGGACCCUCAGGGGGAAUGGACACUGGAAAUAGAAAAUGUGGCAGCUAAUGGACGUGACUAUGCUGUGUUAAGUCAGUUCACCCUCAUCCUGUGGGGUACUGGACCCAGCAGCCUCAACCCCUCGUCAUUAGACUUCCCUCGGCCGUCCAACAACAGCUGCAAGACGUUUGAUGCCCAGCAGAUCUGCAUCGAGUGCAGCCCCGGCUUCUCCCUCUUCCUGCAGGGUUGUGUGAAGUUGUGUCCACCGGGCUUCUCCUCUGGGCCGCAGCUCCUCAACCUUUCACUGGAGAACUGGGUGGACUUGUCCUCAGUCCAGGCCUGUCUGCCCUGCAACUCCGCCUGCCUCACCUGCUCGGGCAGCGGCCCCACAGACUGCCUGUCCUGCCCGCCCCACAGCCACCUGGUGCUCACCUCCUGCCUGCACCAGAACCAGGUGCAGCGCAAGUCCCCUCUAGCUGGGGGACUCCAGGGUGACGAAGCCCCGCCAGAGCAGGAGAGUCCAGCAGCAGCAGACGACAGCGGAGAGAGGGAGGAGCCUCCGGGGCUCAUCGUAGCUGCGUCCAAUCAGCUGCCUGUCGUGGUGGCCGUGCUCAGCUGUGCCUUCAUCCUGGCUGCUUUUGCCGGGGUCUUCCUCUUGCUGCAGAUGCGCUCAGGUGGCUUUUCUCUGGGCUGGAGGACCAAACUGCCCUCUGUGUAUUCAGAGACGAGGGGGGUGAGGGUGGGCUUCGGUUUUGGCUUUGGCCAAGGACGGGAGCGGAAGGCACGGAUAUGCUACAAGGGGAUCCCCACUGUGUGGGGGGACGAGGACACCAUCACCUACCAGUCUGAAUCAGACAGCGAGGAGGUGGACGGUCACAGCGAGAGGACAGCUUUCAUUAGGACGCAGAGCCUGAUCUAGAAUCAGCUUUUAGAUCUGACUGUGUGGAGCUGAGACAGGAAGGAGAGUCACACUAUCGCAGGCCUUACUGUCCAACAGCAGCAGGCUAAAUGCAUUACAGAGUCAUUUGUUUGUUCAUGUAUUUAUUAAUUUAUCUUAUUUGAUUCAUACUUUGAUGUCAGAUUUAUUCAUUCUGCAUCUACAUCAUAAAUUUGAGGUGUUAUGCAACCGUGUUAGUUAUUUAUUUCUUUGAUGACCUGCUUGAUCAGAUUUUGACCAAUUUGUCAAAGGGUUUUUUCAGAAAUAGUUUGAGGGCUUAAAGGAAAAGAAAUUGAGGAAAGAUGUCAAAAUCAAAGCAGUAGUGGGGCGGAGAUAUCCUGGCUUAUAUUUCCAAGUAAACAUCUUAAACCCUGAAUCCCAUAAUCCAAUCCCAAUUCAAUAGCACCUUUUGUAAACUCCCUCUGCCCGGUUAAUGCCCAUGUUUUUCAAACUCCCUGUUUCUGAAAUAGCACUGUUGUCUCCGAUGAUGACUUUAUCAGGCUUAUUUAUUCCGAGUUGUGAAAGCUCCUCCAGAACUACAGAGGAACAUUAUACAGCCCUGACAGGCUGAGAAGUACGGUCUGACGAGUGAAGUGAACUCCAUGUUUAAAAUGUCUGGAGUGCUUCUCUGAGCCAGUAGAGUGAGUUUCUUCCUGAGAUAUGCAUUGUUUCAUCCCCAACACAAACACCUGGCCCUCAGCACAGGCACACUAAUGAUAAAUUGGAGAUAUAUUUUAUCAGAUUCCAGGCAGAAUGUGGCAGCGACUGGGCCAGCGGUCGGGAAGUUGACAGCAUUAUUCAUUAAUAGUAAGAAAACUUUAAAUUGAAGAUUUCUACAGCGUACUGGGAUGGCAUAAUAAAACAUCCCGGCGGCUGUUCGAUAAGCAGGAAACUGUGGAAGAUGCUCUGUUUUCAAUCAAGUCACAGAGGGAAUUGCCACAGCAGCACAGACGUAUCAGAUAUAAGUCAUAAAAUCUCAUUGAGUUGUUGAGGAGUAGCACUGUUUUUGGAUGAAAUGAAAAAACACUUAGCUCUAAGCUGCUCGGCUGACCUGUACUACUAUCUUCCUCCUGGUAGCUGCCAGUAAGAAAUGAGAUCAUUUUUCUCUUCAUUUUCCCCAAAGAGCAUAUAUUGAUUUGGGGCUCCUCUCCCAGAACAUCAGGGAAAACUCCUUUCUUUUCUAUUAUGAGCACCAUACGUUGAAACACAAACACGUGCUUUAUGUCCUAAUCUAGAACUAGCUAGAAAGCCUUCGGAUCUAAAGGUUGAAACGGUAGUAAUGAGGUCGUGUACAGCCUUUUCUAUGUUUGUUUUAUAUCCUUUUUUAUUUAACUGACAAUGGAUGUUAAUAUUGUGGCGAUCUGUUUCAAGCUGGAAUAAAACGACUUUUGCUGUUGCAUAGAUAAACUGUGUGCCAGACUUUUUUAAACUCUUAGUGUUUUAUGCAUCUCAUACUCAGCCCUUGACACACAAAGCAAGAUAGCAGAUGGUUCAUCACUUCUUCAUGGCGGUAUAUCUUGUAG